AGUUAACUAAUAAUAGGAGGAGUGCUGAGAGUGGAAGUAGGGUUUCAGACGGCUGCGGAGAAGACCUGACCAGACCAGACCUUGAAGCAGCAGAAGAAGAGCAACUAUGGCGGUCGGAAAGAACAAGAGGAUUUCCAAAGGAAAGAAGGGUGGCAAGAAGAAGGCCGCCGAUCCCUUUUCCAAGAAGGAUUGGUACGAUAUCAAGGCCCCUUCUGUGUUCCAGGUCAAGAAUGUGGGCAAGACCCUCGUCACUCGUACCCAGGGAACCAAGAUUGCUUCGGAAGGACUCAAACACAGAGUUUUUGAGGUCUCAUUGGCUGAUCUUCAAGGGGAUGAGGACCAUGCCUUCAAGAAGAUCCGUUUGAGAGCUGAGGAUGUUCAAGGAAAGAAUGUUUUGACAAACUUUUGGGGAAUGGAUUUCACAACUGACAAGCUGAGGUCUUUGGUCCGAAAAUGGCAAACUUUGAUCGAAGCUCAUGUAGAUGUGAAGACCACUGAUAAUUACACUCUGAGGAUGUUCUGCAUUGGCUUUACCAAGAGGCGCAGCAACCAAGUGAAGAGGACUUGCUAUGCACAAUCGAGCCAAAUUAGACAGAUCCGCAGGAAAAUGAGAGAGAUAAUGGUUAACCAGGCUACAGCCUGUGAUUUGAAAGAACUGGUCCGCAAGUUCAUCCCUGAGAUGAUUGGCAAAGAGAUCGAGAAAGCAACAUCAAGCAUCUAUCCCCUACAAAAUGUGUUCAUUCGUAAAGUUAAGAUUCUGAAAGCUCCAAAGUUUGACCUUGGCAAAUUGAUGGAGGUUCACGGGGAUUACUCGGAAGACGUUGGAACAAAGGUCGACAGACCUGCUGAUGAAACUGUAGUGGAGGGAGCAACUGAAGUAGUUGGAGCUUGAACUGUCUCAUAAUGAAUUUUUGUUUAUUUAGAAUUGCUGUUGCAUUUACUAAUAUUUAUACUUAAAUUUUGUUUUGGCAUUUAGGAGAGCAUUUGUUUUUUUCAAUCUGGAUUUUCGGUUUCUUAAGCUUUAUUGGAGACGCUAAAAUUUCUUUGCUAUUCCGUGUGCAUGUUCUCAUCCC